UCCCAGAACUCCCAUAGUUCUUUGCGCAGCAACAACAAGGCAGGCUAGCUGACUUUGGUUGAGGAUUCAACGCCUCUCAUUUGUACCAAAUAAAAGUAGUCUUUAGUGUUUCGCUACCAUGAAAGAUGUUAGUGGGUACCUCAAACAGCAGCAGAGCAACAGCUCCACGCCGGAGAUGGCGACACAGUGGCACACAUUGGAGGAUUUGUACAACAAACGGUUGUGGCAUCAGUUGACUCUGCAGCUGACAGACUUUGUUAAAGAUCCCUACUUCAAAACAGGAGAUGGCCUCAUACAGCUCUAUGAAAAUUUCAUCAGUGACUUUGAACACAGAAUCAAUCCCCUGUCGCUUGUGGAGAUCAUACUGUAUGUUGCCAGGCAGAUGCCAGAUCCUAAAGAUGCCAUCACUUUUCUUGAGAAGACCAAGGAGAAGGUGAAAAGUAACGAAGAAGCCGUGAUUCUCUGCAAGACAACUAUUGGCAGUCUUAAACUGGAUAUCAGUGAUCUUCCUGCCACAAAGAAAAUCAUUGAAGAGGUUGAGGAAAUGUUGAAUAACCUGCCUGGGGUGACAUCCGUCCACGGACGUUUUUAUGACCUCUCUAGCAAAUAUUAUCGCAUAAUUGGGAACCAUGCCUCUUACUACAAGGACGCUCUGCGCUACCUCGGCUGUGUGGACAUUAAAGACCUUCCAGAAACAGAGAAGCAGGAGAGAGCAUUUACACUUGGGCUCGCUGGACUUCUAGGAGAAGGCGUUUACAACUUUGGAGAGCUGCUGAUGCAUCCUGUUCUGGAGUCUCUGAGAAACACAGACAAACAGUGGCUUAUUGAUACACUAUAUGCCUUCAAUGCAGGCAAUGUUGAGAAAUUCCAGGGUUUCAAGUCUGCAUGGGGUCAACAGCCUGACCUCGCAGCACAUGAAGCUAAACUCAUGCAGAAGAUCCAGCUGCUUUGUGUGAUGGAGAUGACCUUCACUCGUCCUGCAAACAACAGGCAGCUUACAUUUACAGAGAUUGCCCAGAGUGCCAAAAUCCCUGUUAACGAGGUGGAGCUUCUAAUCAUGAAGGCUCUGUCUGUGGGCCUGAUCAGAGGCAACAUUGAUGAAGUGGACCAGAAAGUACAGAUGACCUGGGUGCAGCCCAGAGUGCUCGACCUGCAGCAGAUCAAAGGCAUGAAGGAGCAGCUGGACCUCUGGUGUGGUGAUGUGAAGAACAUGGCCAUGCUGGUGGAGCAGCAGGCUCACGACAUCCUCACUUAAACGGCGAAAGCUCACUUCCUCUCAGAAUUUUCUUUUUUGUAUUGAAUUUCUUUCUAUAGGAUGUUCUGUUGCUGUCACUGUUUAUUACCAGCCUGCAAAUAAUGCUGAGGUAUUUUACAAAAACAAUUUGUUGCAACAUCUUCAACAUAUGUACUAAAAUAUUGUGUAAAACAUAAAUAAAAAUAUAUGAGUCAUA